GGUCCCGCCCCUUGCGGGCGUUCGGGGAGGAGCCUCGCGGUUGCCGUGACGACUCGCAUUAUUUGUGUUCCGGGCUUUGGGCUAGCGCAGCCAUGGCCAACCAGCAGCCGUGCCGGCCCAAGUCGAAGCCCCCAGCAUGCCGCACGCAGUUGCCGCCCGAGCCGCCGCUGAAGCUGAAGGUGGUGGGGCUCUUCAAAAGCUCCAGCUUUCAGGUGUCGAAGACCAUCGCUGAGACUUUGAAAGCCAAUUACCCGUCCAGAUUUGAAGAUCCUGUGAUAGUUCCUCUUCAAGAAUUUGCUUGGGAUCGGUAUCUGGAGGAGAAAAAGAGGGAACUGAAGGGUGAGACCUGGGUCUAUUCCUCCUAUGUGAUGUGUUUUAUUAAUGACCAACUCCUGGGUAAUGCAUUUGACCUGAAGAAGUGGGCCCAGAAGGUGUGGGAUGUGGUUGACAUCCGGCCCGCCGCACUGUAUGAGGCGCUUACACUGGACUAUGCCACCAAGUUCUUAAAAGACACCAAGCAUGAUUUUGUGUUCUUGGACAUUAGUAUUGAUCUUUCUCCAAUUGGAAGACUGAUUUUUGAACUGUAUUGUGAUGUGUGUCCCAGAACAUGUACAAAUUUUCAGGUCUUAUGCACAGGAACAUCAGGGUUUUCUGAGAGAGGCACAAAGCUUCAUUACAAAGAUUCGAUUUUUCAUCGCGUAGUCCAGAAUGGUUGGAUUCAAGGAGGAGAUAUAGUACAGGGACGCGGAGACGAUGGAGAGUCUAUUUACGGACUGACAUUUGAAGAUGAAAACUUUUCGAUUCCUCAUAAUAAAAGGGGAAUUCUUGGAAUGGUCAAUAAAGGUCAUCAUACCAAUGCGUCACAAUUCUACAUUACACUACAAGCAACUCCCUAUCUGGAUAAAAAAUACGUGGCUUUUGGGCAACUAAUCGAAGGAACCGACGUUCUUAAACAGCUAGAAUUAGUCCCAACGGAGAACGAAAGACCAUUGCUUCUUUGCAGUAUUUCAGACAGUGGAAUUCUUUAUACAUGAUCUUCAUACCAAUCGCAUGUUCUGUGGUGCUUUAUUGCAGCGCAUUUGAUCAACUGUUUCCAUAUUUAAUUAAAUGGUGCUUGAUCGCAUUUGAUUUGCAGGUAGUGGCAGACACAUUAGGUUGGCUCACCUAAUGACCAUUCUCCCUCUUGUCUCCCCCCUCCACCAUAGAGACUAUAAAAUCAACUCAGUUCCCCAGACUCCUUUACAACUGGCAAGGCCAUAUGCAAGCACUGUGGCCAGUGGGUCAGAGGAUGCCAGUGGUCUGGCUCCCAGUCCUUCAUCAUGUCUUGAAUGCAGAUAGGCUGGAAGCCAUGGACACUGCUGGGCUGUCAGCCUCAGCCUCACCACCGCCUGUUUCUGGACUUUACUACACAAGGCAAAGACCUCUUGGUUCUAUUCCUGGUGCUUUGUUUGUUACUUGUGGCUGUGAACAUUAUUAACCUAGCAAUGUACCUAGUGAUUUCGAGUCGAAAGUGCGUGUAAAUGAAUUAUCCUGUUUGUAACUAAUUCCUAUUAUGAUAAACUUGGUAAAUCACGGACACACAGCAAAAACAGUUGAGAAUGAAGUUAC